UGGAGGAAAGAGGUGGAGACCUGGGCCUACAGUCUGGCUUCAUGGCUUGAACCUGGUAAGGACCAUGUUCCUGUUUCCAUUACUCCCUGUCUUUCUCCUGAGUGUGGUGACAGUGGCCUCAGAAACAAAAACAUGUGAGGAUGCCCAGAAGACCUGCUCUGUGAUUACCUGUGGGAUCCCUGUCACCAACGGCACUCCAGGCAGAGAUGGGCGAGAUGGACUCAAGGGAGAAAAGGGAGAGCCAGGUCAAGGGCUCAGAGGUUUGCAGGGCCCUCCAGGGAAACUGGGGCCUCCAGGAAAUAUAGGGGCGCCUGGGGCUCCAGGACCAAAAGGCCAAAAAGGAGAUCGUGGAGAUAGUUCGGCUGCUGAGACUAAACUGGCUAACUUAGAGAGAGAGAUAAGGAACCUGAAAUCAGAAUUGGACCGCAUCAAAAAGUUGCAAGCCUUCUCUUUGGGCAAAAAGUCUGGAAAGAAGUUCUACGUGACCAAUGGUGAAAAUAUGCCUUUUUCCAAAGCGAAGGCUUGGUGCACAGAGCUCCAGGCCACUGUGGCUGCCCCCAAGAAUGCUGAGGAGAACAAGAACAUCCAACAGGUGGCCAGAGACAAUGUCUUCCUGGGUAUCACAGAUGAGGUUACAGAAGGCCAGUUUAUGUAUGUGACAGGAGGGAGGCUAACCUACAGCAACUGGAAGGCGAAAGAGCCUAAUAACCAUGGCUCAGGGGAGGACUGUGUGGUUCUCUUGAAGGAUGGACUCUGGAAUGAUGUUUCCUGCUCAUCCUCCUACCUGGUUGUCUGUGAGUUCCCAGCCUAAAGCACCUCAUUUCUCUGGCCCUUCCUUGUCUCCCUGCUGAGCUCUAUGCUGCUUCAAAAGAGAAUUCAGUGCUGGUUUCCCAUGGUUAGAGUUAAGUCAUUCCUGUUUGGAGAAGGAACUAGAGUGAAGGAGGCAUAUUUAAUCGUGGGAUGGGGAAAUGGCAGAAGCUAACUAUGGGGCACAAGGAUCUGGUCCAGCCCAGGGACAUUGUCUUAUCAUAACAGUACUGAAGUAGAUUCAGCCAUUGAAAGGGCCAAAUAAACUCUCUUCUUUUACAGUGAGGACACUCAACCUGCCAGAGGGACCCGUGGAGUGCCAUACCUGUGUUAGAAUAGAUAGUAGAUCUCAGGGACAAAGACAUCCAAUUCCUACUUUCCAAUAAUUGCACUCCUUGAUGCCAAAUUCUCCUUUCCUAAACCCUUCCCCAGGGCCAGCCUAGCACCCUCCAUGCUAUGGAUAUUGUCUCUUGGUUUCAUGAGUCACCCCCGGGCACCUUCCACUUUCUGACUAUAAUAUCUGGCAAUAUCCAUAUGAGUGACAACUAUUAGUCCUAAGAAUCCCCUUACCCCACUCAACUUCCUGUGGCUUUUCUUUAGCCACCAGAGUGAACUUGAGGGCAAAGAACAUCGUUUCCUUCCUGCAUAAUUUUAAGGGGAUGAUUCAGCAUCAUACCAGCAGCAUGGGAGGAGACAAUUGCAGGGUGUGCCCUUCUCACAGACAUUGUUAGUCUCUGUCCCCACUGUCCCUUCCUUUCAUGGUAACAUUCUAUCUCCAUUGUGGGUCAGUGUCCCAUUAUUAGUAUACACAAGAGGACAAACUCUCCCCAAGUGAGUUCUACACCCUAAGGGUCAAAUUCUGCAGGACCAGCCAGUCAGCAAAUGCAAUCUCCUCUGAGCAGCGUUCUGCUGUGGUUUUGGCUCAUGAUUCUGCUUAACCAUGGAGGUUUUUCAACUACCUCAGAGUGAGGAGAUCUGAGAUUUCAAAGCAUCUAUGCAGCAAACCAGGAGAAGAGGAUGAAUUGCAACUCCAGCUGCAUGCCCAUCACAAAAUGAGAUUGGAAAAUAAUUCAUAAAUGGAAUAAGGGCCACUUUCACUUAGUGAAAAGUUUUUGGUAACCUUUGUUUUCUGCUUUAUUUCUCUUUGUAGCUGAACUACCAAGAGAAGCCCUCGGUGGCUAAU